AUGAACACCGCAAAGGGUAUGACCAUGGCGAACGAUAUUCAUAUGGAGACAGCGAGGGGCGGAACGACCUUGAAGCAACCCGGUUUCCAGCUUUGGGAGAGGGAAUUAUUGGACAGUCCAGAAGUACGGAGGAAGUCGACCGUGGCACAACUAUAUUUCCUCGACUAUUACUUUCAGCUCCUAGGCUACAUCUCAGGUCGUAAAGAUAGGAGGGCCAAGUUUGACGCUGAUACUGCGUCGCGUCAUCUCAGCUCCUCGGAAUAUAAUAAAGAGUUCAAAUCGUACUGUGGGCGGGAACGCGUCUUGCUGCGGAAGCGGCGUACGAAGCUGAAGGUCGACCAGUUCCAUAUCAUCGCGCAAGUGGGGCAGGGCGGCUAUGGAGAAGUGUACCUUGCGAGGAAGCAGGAUACAGGCGAGGUGUGCGCUCUCAAGAAGAUGAGGAAGAGGACACUGCAUAAAAUGGACGAAGUUCGCCAUGUUCUCGUCGAGCGCGAUAUCUUGACGGCCACGAAGACACCGUGGCUCGUUCGCUUGUUGUAUGCCUUCCAAGACCCAACCUACGUCUACCUCGCUAUGGAAUACGUUCCGGGUGGUGACUUCCGCACUCUUCUCAACAAUUCCGGGGUCCUGAAGGAGGAACAUGCACGGUUCUAUAUUAGUGAGAUGUUCAACUUCCUCGUGGACGGGACGGGCCAUGUCAAACUGACUGACUUUGGGCUCGCUACCGGUGCUUUAAACCCGAGACGGAUUGAAUCCCUGAAAGUCAAGCUGGAUCAAGUAAAAGACAACGAGGUAGUGCACAGGUCCACGCUCGAGCGUCGUUCCAUCUACAGAUCCAUCCGACACGAAGAUCCUCGCUACGCAGACUCCAUCGUCGGCUCCCCGGAUUACAUGGCGCCCGAAGUCCUGCGCGGGAAGCCGUACUCGUACUCUGUCGACUAUUGGUCCUUGGGCUGCAUAUUCUUCGAGUUCCUCGCCGGCUUCCCCCCGUUCAGCGGUGCGACACCUCAGGAGACUUGGACCAAUUUGAAGAAUUGGACCAAGGUCCUGAGGAGACCCGAGUAUGAUAAACCUGAGGAUCUCAUCUUCAACUUGACGGACGUAGCAUGGGACGCGGUCACAAGGCUCAUUGCACACUCCAGUGUCCGUAUCUCAAGUCUAUCUCAGCUGGCCGACCAUCCAUUCUUCGAAGGGGUUAAUUGGAAAGACCUGCGUUCUGUCCAAGCGCCCUUUGUACCCGCACUGGACUCGGAGAUUGACACGGGUUACUACGACGACUUUACCUCGCCCGAAGACAUGGCCAAAUACGCCGAGGUCCGAGAGAAACAAGCGAAUGUCGACAAGGUCAAGGAGAAAGAUGAGCCAUCUACCAGAGGCGUAUGGGUUGGUUUUACGUUUGGCAAGAACGGACCGGGCGUCAAGGCCAUGAACGCUAUGGGAGGCUACGACGAGAGUGGUGCGAUGGCCACCAUCUUCUAA